AACGACUUUACUUGAACUUGUCUUCAUGCCGUGGCUGGUUUUCUAAGUUAUUUCUUUCAUGUUUUUCUUUUGUGAAUGCUGUCCGUUUUGUGAUGACAUUACCCAACCACAUUGAUUUCUUGAAGUAGCACUGACCCCAGGAAUAGCUUUGACAAACACAGGCGAGCCCAAACCAAACUUCCAUUAAAGCUGUCAUUUUAAUGUUUACUCGGUUACUGGCAAAUAUCCAAAUUUAGAUCUACCCUGUCCUAUGGUUGAUCCAGGUAUAUGAAGUGAUAACCUUUGGAAGAAAUGUGCUCAAACACACAAUUUGAUUUGAGCUCGUACAUAUAAUCUUCUUUCUGUUCCAAAUAUUGGAUUUGUGUUGGUAUAACUGUCUCUUUAUGCAUUUGAUAAAUUCCGAAGUCAACAGUGACUACUAGAUAUUUCUUUAAGUUCUUAAGUGAUAAUUUACCAAGUAAACAUGUACAUUGGAAAACAAGUCAAUAUUAAAUAGACAUUUUUUUAAAUGACGAAAUGUUCUCAGACUAUCUGGGUGUCACUUUAUUUAAUGUUUGUGUGCUGUCAAGUUUUUAUAGAAGGAAGAGUCAGGGAAGUAUUGUAUAGAUACUAUAUCAGCAGCCCUGAUAACAGAAAUGUCAUAUGGUCAAAGUUCAAUUUAUAGUUUGUCUGUGUUUGUGUGUACUUUCUGUUUUCUGUCCGCCUGCUCCGGUGCAUGUUUUUCGUCUGAAUCACAGCUCCUGGCUUUUAAGUUGGCUUCCCUCUUGGUGCCCCACUUCUCCCUCUCAGCUGAAAGAUGCAGAGGAAAAAAUGCUCAAGAUUGUGAGGCAGCCUUUCUCCAGGCAGCACGUCCGGAUAUCCAACGACAACUAUCUGUGGACCUUAGCAUUUUCCACUCAGCCACAUCCAUGCUCCCCGUCUUGCACCAAGUCCCCUGCCCAGUCCAGGCUUCCUCUGGUUCUCCUGCAUGGUUUUGGGGGUGGAGUUGCCCUUUGGGCGCAAAACCUGGACUCCCUCUCCACCAACGGGCCGGUCUACGCUCUAGACCUGCUGGGCUUCGGCAGGAGCAGCCAUCCCCAGUUCAGCACCGACCCCGUAGAGGCCGAGGAUCAGUUCUUGGCAGCCCUGGAGGAGUGGAGGGAGAAGGUGGGGCUGGAGGAAAUGGUGCUGCUGGGACAUAACCUUGGAGGAUACCUGUCUGCUGCCUACACUCUCAAACACCCACACAGGGUAAAACAUCUGUUGCUGGUGGAGCCGUGGGGUUUUCCAGCGCGUCCUGAGAACCCCAACCACAACUCCAUCCCAGUGUGGAUCAGAGCCAUGGGGGCUGUCAUGAGCCCCUUCAACCCUCUGGCUGGACUGAGACUGGCUGGUCCCCUAGGACCAAUGCUGGUCCAGACCAUCAGGUCUGAUUUCAAGCAGAAAUACUCCUCUGCGUUCGAUGACAACACUGUGUCUGACUACAUCUACCAUCUGAACGCCCAGACUCCAAGUGGAGAAACGGCCUUUAAGAACAUGACCAUUCCCUACGGCUGGGCUAAGAGGCCCAUGCUGGAGAGGAUCGGGGAGGUCCAAGCUGACAUUCCCAUUUCCUUCAUCUAUGGAUCACGCUCCAGCAUUGACAGCGACUCUGGAUAUGCUUUUAAGAAAACCAGACCAGAUGUGGAAAUCACAGUGAUCCGAGGAGCAGGCCAUUACGUUUUCGCCGACCAGCCAGACGACUUCAACCAGGCAGUCCUUCGGAUCCUCGCCAGCACCGAGAAGAAAAGCGGGGACGAGGGAAUGAAUCAGUGAAGGUUCCUUCAUUCAGAUGACACACAGGAGAGCACAGGGAUUAACUGACAGUAGCCCAUUACUCAACCACAGCUGUUCAACUGUAGGCCUCUUUAUCAUGCACUUUACUCUUAAGAAAGACCUAUCACUGACUGACGACACUUCGCUUAUCAUUCCACACUCAGCCACUCUCCAAGGCUUAAGGUCAAAGGUCGGAUGAUGCCACGGGGUUCUUUAUCCAGACUCAUGUAAAUAAGUUUUGUAAAUAAACGUAAGAUGCAGUCUG